UUCUGCACAAAGAACCGAAAGGCAUGUAUCCCCAAGGGAAGCAGUUAUUUUAGAUUUUGCAAAGAAGUCAGUUAACAUUUUUCAACAUUCCCUUCUUUGUUUUAAAGAAAGCUCUGGUUUUGUUUCAUUUUCAUCUGGAGACUUAAAUGACACCAAGCAAAGCCUACUUAGUUUAGAUUUCCAGGAAUCAAAUAGUGAAAAAAGCAAGCAUGAAGUUUUCAAGCUUGUAUUGUUUUCUUCUGCUUCUCAGUUUUCAAACUGACUUUGGACAAAAUGAAGAAACUUCUAGGAAGCAAAGAAGGAAGAUGUAUUACAGAAGACUAAGAAAAAGUUCCUUGCCCGCCCGCAGGUCCAGCAGACAGCUUGGAAUUCAGCAAAUGAGGACAGGUACACCAGCAGCAACAAUUCCCGUGGUGAACUUGGAUUACAGUGCGGAGGAAAAGUUUGAAUCCUUUUUAAAUGUUCCUGGGGUAGAAUCAAGCUAUGAUGUGUUACCAGGAAAGAAAGGACACUGUUUGGCAAAUGGGAUGACCAUGUAUAACAAAGCUGUAUGGUCCCCCGAGCCCUGCACCACCUGCCUCUGCUCGAAUGGAAGAGUCCUUUGUGAUGAGACCAAGUGCCACCCUCAGAUGUGCCCCCAAACAGUUACACCUGAAGGAGAAUGCUGCCCCGUCUGCUCUGAUACUGUUGCCUCCUAUUUGCUACUCAAUGGUAUAGCAUUCAAUGACAGAACUGAAUUUUCUGGUGAUUCUUCAGAACAAAGAGAACCUACCAGUUUACCUCAUAAGCAAGAGCCACCUCCUUGGGUGGAAAUGGAUCAAGCACUGAAAAAAGAGGAACUUCAAUUUGAGGAGGAUGGAGAAGAAGUGAAACAAUAUGAAGAUAGUGAGCAAAAGAAAAAGACCCCUAGACCUGGAGACUGGGGGAGACUUCCCAAUGAGGGACAGAGCAAAGAAGGGGGAGAGCAGACACCUGGAGAAGCGGGGAGGCAGGCCCAUCAGCACAGAAACCCAGCAAGGGAGGAUGAGGGCGAGGACGAGGACGAGGAUGAGGGCGAGGGCGAGGACGAGGGCGAGGAUGAGGACGAGGACGACUACGACGCCGUCAGAGGAGAUAUGUUCAGGACGCCCUCUCGACUCCCAGUCCCAGCUACCCGCAGAGGCAUACCACCUCUGCCCAGCAGGUGCUCUCUGUCCUACAAAACCAUCUCCUGUAUCAGCGCCGAUCUCACACAAAUUCCACCGCUAACAGCACCAGAGAUAACAAGUCUGGAGCUCAUAGGCAAUUCUAUCACCUCCAUUCCGGAUGGAGCAUUUAAUGGAUUACCGAAUUUGGAAAGGCUUGAUCUGAGCAAAAAUAAUAUCAGCUCUUCGGGCAUAGGUCCAAAAGCAUUCAAGCUUCUAAAGAAUUUAAUCCGCCUGAAUAUGGAUGGAAACAAUUUGGUAGCGAUUCCUUCAGAACUACCAUCUACAUUAGAGGAACUUAAAAUCAAUGAGAACAAUCUUCAGGUUAUCGAUGAAGAAAGUUUAUCAGACUUAAACCAAUUGGUCACCUUGGAAUUGGAAGGAAACAAUCUCAGUGAAACUAAUGUCAAUUCUUUAGCUUUCAAACCUUUGAAGAGCCUAUCCUACCUGCGUCUGGGAAGAAAUAAAUUUAGAAUUAUACCACAGGGUCUUCCUGCUUCUGUUGAGGAAUUAUACCUAGAAAAUAACCAAAUUGAAGAAAUAACUGAAAUUUCUUUUAAUCAUACCAGAAAGAUCAAUGUCAUUGUAUUACGUUAUAAUAAAAUUGAAGAAAAUAGAAUUGCUCCUUUAGCCUGGAUAAAUCAAGAAAAUCUAGAAUCAAUUGACCUCUCCUACAACAAGCUCUACCAUGUCCCCUCCUAUCUACCCAAGUCGCUGCUGCACCUGGUGCUCAUUGGGAACCAGAUUGAGCGUAUCCCUGGCUAUGUGUUUGGCCACAUGGAACCAGGCCUGGAAUACCUGUACCUGUCAUUUAACAAACUUGUGGAUGAUGGCAUAGACCGAGUCUCCUUCUAUGGGGCUUAUCAUUCUCUGCGAGAGCUGUUUCUGGAUCAUAAUCAAUUAAAAUCUAUACCACCUGGGGUCCAAGAAAUGAAAGCACUACAUUUUCUGAGAUUGAACAACAACAAGAUACGGAAUAUUCUUCCAGAACAAAUUUGCAAUGCUGAAGAAGAUGAUGAUUCAAGCCUGGAACAUCUUCAUCUUGAAAACAACUAUAUUAAAACAAGAGAAAUAUCAUCCUAUGCAUUUUCAUGCAUAAGAUCAUAUUCAAGUGUCGUUCUUAAACCACAAAAUACCAAGUAAUUCCACGUUUUUCUUUCUC